CACCAACUUCUUGGCAUGAUUUCUUCCAAUCUCGAACCGCUUUGGGGAUAGAUAAUGGAUUUGCGAAGACGGUGUAUUCGUUGAUGGCUUCGAGCAUUAUCUUGGUAUAACUCGUGAGACAGGUCGACCGUAUUCUGAUGGGCGACGCUUCAUUGGGGAGUCGCAUAGCAAGGCUUGUCCACUCGCAUUUCGAUGCCCUGCCAAAACGCAGUAAACCAACAAUCCACCCAGAUGGAUCGAGGGAAUGGGUGCCCCUGAGCGGCAUUGUGCUUGUCACUGGAGAAAAUACACGGGAGGAGAUUUUAACUUGCGUAGCUAUCGCAACAGGGGCAAAAUGCCUCCCGUCUUCACAGAUUAGCCAAUGCCGGGGCAUGGUACUGCAUGAUAGCCAUGCUGAAAUUCUGGCGAUUCGGGCUUUCAACAACUGGCUCCUUGAAGAAUGUAAAUCCCUGCUUGAACACAGGAUAGAUUAUUCGAAUCAUGAAUUUAAAUCCGAGAGAAUCGAAGCAAACGAGGCCAACAACAACGAUGAAGCGGGGACGCAGCCAACCUGCGGAAAGUUACAUGCAUCAAAAUUCAUAAAUUGGAGGCACCAACCGGGAACAGGGCCUAAUCUGGCAUCCCACACCCUCUCCAGAAUUUCAGAUACCAAUCAGCUGGCAAAGACCAAACACUCAUGGCCACCCUUCGAGCUUCGCAAGGACCUGAGAAUCUACAUGUACGGAACAUGUGCGCCAUGUGGCGAUGUCAGCAUGGAACUGUGCAUGGCCUCCCAGGAAGACCCGACACCAUGGGCUACGCCUCCCCUCGGGGCCAGUAACAAUCCCGAAAACUCCAGUGGCAAUAGUAGCCAACACAAUCAAGCCAACAAUAUUCCACACACCACGACGAGUCUUCUAAACGGGCGCGCCCACUUCUCUAUCCUCGGCGCCGUGCGCCGCAAGCCUUCUCGUGCCGACGCCGAAUCAACUCUGAGCAAAUCCUGCUCUGACAAGUUGGCUGUGAAGCAGGUGACGUCUCUCUUGACAUUUCCUGCGUGUCUGCUCAUUUUCCCAAGCUCAAAUGCGUACUUGACCGCACUGCUGCUUCCGGAGGAGGAAAUAAGUCGCGUGGCAUGUGCGAGGGCGUUUGGAAGUGGUGAGACUGGGAGACUUGGGGAGUUAAAUGGUCGGAGAUGGAGCGAUGAUGAUCCCGGUGUUGACGAUGACGAUACUGCUGCUUCUCUAGGCGGGAUGGGAUAUACAUUCCGUCCAUUUGAGGUUCGGCCCGUGCCGACUGCCCAGGUCCAGGAGGAGUGGGCGUUCGGGAAACCGAAGGAUAACAAUGGUGCGGAGAAGAAGAAGAGUAAACCGGGAAAUAUCUCUGCGGUUUGGACGGCUGCCCCAUCAUCAUCUACAGCGAUAAAUGGGAAACUAGCAACAGGCACCAAGCUAAAUGAAACCCUCAUAAAUGGCGUUAAACAAGGCUACCGCAUCUCCUCGUCCACACCGCGGAAAGCAAGCGCUCUAUCCCGCGCAAAGAUGUGGGGCUUACUUAGAGACAUUGUCCAACUUUUGCCCUCUGCUGACAAUUGUGGUGAGAAUGAUGGGGUUGCAGCCCAGACUGGCAAAUUCGAGAACCAGACAAGUACCACAAGGAGAGCGUUGGAUCAUAUUCACGACAAUUCGCUCUUUGCGAAAAUGAAGGAAUGCGUGCUCACAGCACAAAGUUAUGAGUUGAUGAAGCGGAAGUGUAUCAAGAUGGGCAUUGGCCCUUCGAAGCUCAGAAAGAACGUGACGACGGAUGUGAGAGAAGUGCUUGGAAAUUGGGUUGAGAAUCGGGGAGAUGAAGAUUGGGGGUUGGAGCUUUUAGAAGAAUCCAGCACAAGGAAGGUUGUGGAAAGGGUGUAACACUUUAUAUCAUAAACUGACUAUACAUAACUAGAGUAUGUCAGGCCAUAUGUAAUAUUCCUUCAAUUUUUUUGUGCCCAGUUAUAUACAUGAAUUGCUUGCAAAAUGAUUAAUUAGUAGUAUUAUAUUGUUGUAGAUAUAACGCGACCUUCACCCCUGUAGACCCUAACCAUCAGGGAAACAAGGAACGUAAGGCAUGGCAACGUUAGAGGAACCGAAAUCCGGAAUACAUUUCCCGCA